GAAAAAGUGUCAACGUGGGGCCGUUGCGAUCAUGCUGCACCUCCGCGGUGUGUUCUGUCGGUCGGUCGGUGCCGGCCGAUUCUACUCCAACCUGAACCUCCCGAUCAAAACGUCCGACAUGAUCGAGUUCGCGGUGCGUGUCAAGGUGUCGGAGCCGCUGUCGUUCACUCUGCCACUGCCUGGCCGCCCUGGUUUGACGCGCGUUGACUUGGAACACACGGGUGCGUCCAAGUCGACGUCCGAGCGAGAAAGCGUCGGCCAUUUCAUCGCAACGCUUAAGGAGCUCGACCCAACCUUGACCACUGUGUCUCUCACGACCAUGGAUGGCGUCACGGUGAGCAAGUGCGCCAGUCUUCGUGCGCUAGCCCCCGUCCCACUUCUCCUUCGCUUGAACACGGCCACGCUGGAGCUGGAAAAGGAAGGGUCUGUCGAUCUGGAUGACACGAUGAACGAGAGCGAGAGCUCGGCCUUUGGAACAGUCAAGCGAUACAUUGAGCGGGACACGCGGACUUCGAUCCCGAUCGACCAGUUCUACCACAUGUGCAAGAACGUGGGGGCGGACGACUCGACGUCCAAAAAGUGGCUGGCCGAGUUCCAGCGACGGAAUCUUGUCCUCCACUACGACCAGAGCAAGGACGAAGCCCUGCGCAACACGGUGAUCCUGCGUCCAAACAAAGGCGACAGCCUCGCGGCAUUUCAGAGCGCGCUCGAUCCCGUUCUGUACAACCUCAAGCAUGUGCGCAUGGCAAAAGAGUCCGAAAUCCUCGACGUCACGGAGGAGUGGCGAAAGCUCGCGAUCAUCGACACGGAGCUCAAGACCGCUGCCAAGAAGGCCCCGAACGCGAAAAAGUGGGCUGGGCUGGCCUUCAUUGCGUCGUUUUACACGGGCAUGGGGUACCUUGUGUGGGACGUGUACUCGUGGGACGUGAUGGAGCCGAUUUCGUACUUCGUGGGGUUUUCGGCCGUCCUGGGCGGAUCGUUUUACCACACGCUGACGCGGCGCGACGCCCAGUACACCAACAUGUGGACGCGCGACUACGAAAAGGGGCUAGCGCGCCUGCAAGCGGAAAAAAAAUUUGACCCGUCGGCCGUGCAAGCGGCGGAAGCCAUGAUUCAAGCGAUGAAGCGCGAUGUCCAAGUGCUGCGGUUAUUGGAAGGCAAGUCGCCAGAAAAGAAGAAGGACGACAAGUCGUCCGCCGUUGGGAUUGCUGCCGUCCCUGCCAAGCUUUGAUCUUGCUGUGCUCCACUGCAUCGGGUGCCUCGAUAACACGGCUUUGGCGAGUGGCAUA